AUUCAACUGGGUGUGUGGAAGCCUGGCCUUGAGACAUGAAACUUUUUGUUGUCUUUCUUUUUUUUUUCCCUGAUACAAUUUCUGCUUAACCCUUACGCUACUAAAGGAGUAUAUAUACACUCUGAAUAUAUACAUAUGUGUUCAUUCAGACUUUGUACUCAGGCUGUGUUUCAUGAGACUGGUUUCAAGAAAAUGGAUAUUAGUAAGGCAAAGAAAAACGCCAUCGGCAGGGGAACAGCGAUCAUUUAUGAUGAGGAAAUGGCCAGACAUAAACUUCUGUGGGACCACCCUAUCUGUUCCUUUGAAGUGCCAGAAAGGUUGACAUUAUCUCAUGAUCGACUGAAACAUUAUGGGUUACUGGAGAGAUGUGUACCCGUGCCAGUAAGAGAAGCAACUGAUGAAGAGAUCCUUCUGGUUCACAGCUCUGAUUAUCUGGAAUCAGUGAAGACCACAGAAACAAUGAAUACAACAGAAUUAAAAACAUUCUCAGACAAUUUUGAUGUUGCUUAUUUUCACCAGAGUACCUUUCGCUGUGCCAAACUUUCUUUGGGAGCAACAUUGCAGCUGGUUGACACUGUAGUGAUGGGACAAGUUCAGAACGGCAUGGCAUUAGUCAGACCUCCUGGGCAUCACAGCCAACAAAAUCAAGCCAGUGGGUUUUGUAUUUUCAACAAUGUUGCUGUAGCUGCAGAAUAUGCUAAAAGAAAACAUGGACUUCACAGGAUUUUAAUUGUUGACUGGGACGUUCACCAUGGGCAAGGCACUCAGUAUUGUUUUGAAGACGAUCCCAGUGUCCUUUAUUUUUCUUGGCAUCGUUAUGAACACCAGCUGUACUGGCCAAAUCUGACGGACUCAAACUUUGAUGCUGUUGGCAAAGGGAAAGGAGCAGGUUUUAACAUCAAUGUACCUUGGAACCAGAUUGGGAUGAAAACUGCUGACUAUUUAACUGCUUUUUUUCAUGUACUACUUCCAAUAGCUUUCGAGUUCAAUCCUGAACUUGUUAUUGUUUCAGCUGGAUAUGAUUCAGCAAUUGGAGAUCCUGCGGGUCUUAUGUCUUCCAUGCCUGAGUGUUACGCACAUCUGACACACUUACUCAUGUCUCUUGCUAACGGAAAGCUGUGUGUUGUUUUAGAGGGUGGCUACAAUGUGUCAUCAUUAACCGAAUCAGUAUGUAUGACGGUCCGCACGUUACUAGGAGACCCCGUACCACUAAUUAAAGAAGAACUGGCUCCGUGUUUAAGUGCCUCUGAAACUAUUCACAAUGUGAAGGUUGUGCAUCAACAGUACUGGGAUAUUUUAAAAUAUCAAGAUAUGAAUUCAGUACUUGUACCUAGUACCGAAAAACUGAAAGAGGAAGAAGGUGCUACAAAUUCACUGCCCAUUCUAGACAGUGAUCCAGCCAAAAGUUUCCAGCUCUUAAUGGAAGCCUACAUUAGAAGGAUUUUGCCACAAGUUCCUCCUGUUAGAACUGCAGCAGCCAUUUCUAGCAUUAAAAGUGCAGUCCUGGAGAAAUGUGUGAAACUGGAAGACAAGAGUCUUUCAAAUGAAGAAAUAACAACAUUGCUAAGUGGCUCUGACUUGAAAUGCCAUGAAGAUGAAACAGCUCUGCUUUCUCUUGGAAGGAUUUGUUGUAUAAUACAACAAAUAAUUAGAAAACAGGUGAGGAAUGGAUUUGCGAUCUCAUCAGACAUUUCCCUGGCAUCCAGGGCUGCACUGAAAUACAGUCUGAAAUCCGGGUUAAAAAGGGUUCUUCUUAUAAAUACUGGAAACAUGAAUAUUCCAUUCAAGAGUCAAGAGGAUGGGAAAGUCCUUCUACUACAAAUGUAUGGGAAACAAGAAGUUGAAAAGAGAACCUCCAAACACAGAAUUUCGCUUAACUGGCAAAAAUCUAUUGAAUACAGUGGUGAUUUCCUUUAUGCUCUGUUUGAAAUAAUUCUGCCUCUGGCAUACGAACAUGAGCCUGAAUUCAUCAUCAUUACUGUGGGAUCUGAGAAUGAAGGAGCGGCGGUCUCUCAGGUUGUCCACGUCAUGCAAGGCCUUGCAGAAGGACGUAGUCUUGUGCUUAUUCAGGAUUCUGAACCACAGCUUGUUGAUCUGAUUGCUGGCAUCUUGCUGGGUGAUGUGGCUCCUCGGGCUGAACCUUAUAAUCCUGCUUGCAAGGAAAACCUAAGCAGCUUAGAAAGGCAAAGACAGGAACUUCAGGAACAUUGGAGGAUGUUGCAGUAUUCUGUGAACUAACAUUUCAACUUUCACACUGAAGCCUCCAGAGUUCUGAAGAAAAAUGACUGCCUCCCAGCUCUGCGUUCAACCUGAUCAUAAGGAUCACAUCAUGAACCUUCAAAUAACUACAGAAAGACAGAUAGUUCCCAAAAUAUAUUAUACCAUAUAUUCUAGUAAACACAUGCUAUAUGUAAUUACUGGAUUGAAUAAGCUUUUCAAAAAAUGUGCCUUAUUAACAUUUUGCUUAGAAAUGAGAUUCAUACAGAAAUAUGUUUUAUUUCAUUUUACAAACACACUGUGAAAAUGCUGUAAGUUUAUUGUUGCAUUCCUCAGAAGACAGAUUUUGUAGAAAUAAAAGAAGGAAAUAUCUAAAUGAA